UAAAAUUUACAUCUGUCAGCUGUCACUUACCUCUCAGAGGAGCCACUACGAGUAGUUUUUUCACUGUCUCGUAAAUUAGUCACUUUUAUGAGUCACAGUGUAAUCGUACGAGUGAGUGGGACAGCGAAAAGCGCAAACGACUUACCCAUAGUGUAUUUAGUCGCGUGUCGAUACUACUAGCGUACAGUUGCGUUUAUAUCUAAAUAUAUCGUGCCAGUGCCCUGUGCUGAUUCUUUUGGAAGUGUAAUAAUAAAAUUCAAUAUGAACAUCGCUCCAGUCGGCCCCAAAUCCACUAACAUCGUGUGCCCGUCAUGCCACGCCACGGUAAUGACGAAAGUGGAACAUAAGUCCACAACCAAGACCCACAUUAUCGCCUUAUUCUUAUGUUUGUUUUUGUGCUGGCCAUGCGUAUGUGUACCAUACUGCAUGGAUUCAUGCCAGAACGCAAACCACUACUGCCCCAACUGCAACUCCUACCUAGGGACUUAUGAACAGUAAAUCAGUGGGUGUACCGUCGACUUUUUUAUUGCCACGUAUUAUUAAGUACAAACUUUCUAUGAUGCAGAUCUUAACGAGUGUCACUGAUUAUGUUUAGUAAUGUAUUUUGAGAUCUCAGAGACUGAGGCUGAACUUUGUGUAUUUUUAAAUAAAAAAAUAUUAAUUUGUAAUAUGCUUGAGGAAAGAUGCACACAAAUAAUAACUUCCUUUCAAAUAAUUGCUUUGUUCAGAUUUGCCAUCUUCAGUCUUACUUAUAAAAAUUUCGCAAAGCUAUGCUUAGUUAAAACAUAAAUUUACUCGAUCAACUGUAAGUCAAAACCCGUCAUCUUAAUAAGGUUUAAACUAGGAGCCGGUGAUGUUUUUGACAGCUAUUUAAGCAAUUCUUAAACAACUCUUAACGCUAAAACAAGUUUAUAAGUAAGACUGCUUAUCCUUAGAGAUAGUUGGAAAUUGGGUAUUUUUGACCAUUAUUAUCUUCUUUUUUAUUAAUGUUUCUUUGUAUUCUAUCUUUGUUUCUUUUCAUUUCAUUUGUUUUAGUCAAUACCAAGUUACUUUGAUAUUAACGACCUCUGAGAUAUUUGCAUCAUUAAAAAAGUUUUUAAGUCAAAUAGUUAUAAGAUCUUAACACUCUUUCGAGAAUGUAUUUGGAUUAUAAUACCAAUUUUUAAAAAUCACUUAAUGCAAUAAAGCUAUAAAAAGGACUACAAGGUACCAAUUAUAUAAGUCAUCAAAUAGUCUGAUUGCACGCAGUUGGGUAGCUGCAGGUAGCCGUUGUCGUGACUUGACGCGGUGUAAGAAACUAUACGCUGUAGCGAUGGAUUGCGUAAGUUCAAAUACGUCAGCGUGCUGAUGAAUAUCAAGAGUCAUGCAGUUUCUCUGAUUGUAUUGUAUAGCGUGAUAGUUAUCUUUGUAACAAUCUAGUAAGGUACCUUCUGUAUUAAUUCGCGAAGUAGUUUUACCUGUCUACAAAGCUAGUAUAAGUGUAUUACCUUAAAAAGGAAACUGUAAGACCACGUACAGAAUAUUAACAAAAUUUUAUAUAUAUUUUGUUGUUAUAUAAAUAAAUAUAUUAUAUAAAAUUAUGUUUGUCGAAAUUAAAUCUUAUGCAUUUUAGUACACAGCCACGUAAGGAAUGUUACUAUUUAUACUCGUAUAUGCAAGAAAUAAUAGUUAUUUGCGGAAUUUUCUUAAUAUAAAAUAUUAAGUACUACCUUCCACUAUUUGUCUUUUGACUUCCUCUUUCUACAUUUGUAAUAAUUAUUCCGUUAGUCUUAACAUGUUUUUAUUAUGAAUAUACUACUACUUCAUGUUAAUAUAAUAUUUUAAUUCACCAAAUGUGUGAAAAUAUAAAUAAAAUCAAUUUUAUUUUUUUAUUUUUAGUAUCUCUGAAAUAUGAAUGCCUUAUAAUGUCAAUAACAUUUUUUUAUUACGUUUUUGGACGACUUUGCAUCCAAAAACGUAGGAAAGAAAGAUUAUAUUUUAUUUAUAAUUCCAAUAUUUUUUUUAUUUUACACAUGUAUGGAAAUUCAUAUGCUGUGUUUCUAUAAUAUUAAGUAAUAAAGAUUUUUUAAUUCAAAAUGUU